AGCGCAUGUCCGCAGCGGGGCCGUCACGUUGUACAGCUCGGUCCAAUCAACAGAAACUUUCCCAACAGAGAUUUGUAAGAUGGCGACCGCCGAACCGGAAACCAACCCAAGCCCAUCCCAGCCUGAUGAAGAUGGAGCUGAGGAGACUGGACAAGAGAUUGUGAACCCAGAGGCCUACAUCAAACACCCCCUCCAGAACAGAUGGUCCCUGUGGUUCUUCAAGAAUGACAAGAGCAAAACAUGGCAGGCCAACCUGCGACUCAUCUCUACAUUUGACACAGUUGAAGAUUUCUGGGCUCUCUACAACCACAUCCAGUUGUCAAGCAACCUCAUGUCAGGCUGCGAUUACUCUCUUUUUAAGGAUGGCAUUGAACCCAUGUGGGAGGACGAGAGGAACAAGCGUGGCGGGCGCUGGCUGAUCACACUCAACAAGCAGCAGAGGAGAUUAGACCUGGACCGCUUCUGGCUGGAAACUCUCCUGUGCCUAGUCGGAGAGGCCUUUGACGACUACAGCGAUGACGUCUGUGGAGCUGUGGUCAACAUCCGCACGAAAGGAGAUAAAAUAGCCGUCUGGACAUCAGACUAUGAGAACCGGGAUGCCGUAACACACAUAGGGAGAGUUUACAAGGAGCGCUUGGGGCUUCCCAUGAAGAUGACUAUCGGCUACCAAUCUCACGCAGACACAGCUACCAAAAGCGGUUCAACCACCAAGAACAAAUUUGUCGUUUGAGAAAUGCCCUAUGUGCCUCUUUCAUUUUCUUGUCUUAUUUGUUGUUGGUUCAUAUGUUUACUUUGCUGCAAAGACUCUGCGGAAAUGCAAUCUGGAAGAAGAAAAAAAAAAACGAUCCAAGACUACAUGCCAAGUGUUUCCAUAACCUGCCCAGGACUUGAACCACAGGGAAAAAAACACAGAAAACAGAUGAACAUGAAUCUUCCAAAACACUAACAAUGAGAGGUAUUAUUAGUGGAUAAGAUUUAGAGUGCUGCAUACUCUACUAAAGAAAUUUGUGUUGAUUUUUUUUCUUUAAUGUCAGGGAAUCCUGAAAUGCAAAAAAAAUGUAUAUUUCUCUCCCAGUCACUACAGCAUUGUUGGGUUGCUGUAAUCCUUAAUGACAUUAAACCCUUUUAAUUUAUUAUUAAUUUGCCUGCAUAUGAUUAGAUUGUUAGGCCUCUGUUUUAUGCUUUUUUUUUGCCUUGAACUGUUGCACGUAAUCAACCUUUUAAAAGUAUUUCAUGACUCAUAUUCAUUUGAGUGUUAAUAUAAUUAAAACAUUGGUUUUGCAAUUA